AUGAUCCAUAAGAGUCCUACUCGAAGAAACAUGUCAAGACCCUACAACCAUCCACAAAGUCCAGCUCUAAGUAGCGGCAUUUCACUAUCAUUCGGAAAACGCAAGAAUUCCGUCACACCCCUAGCGACUCCAGUGUCGGUAUCAAGUUCUCAAAGAAGUCGACAUAGCUCUCCAUCGCGCUCCUCGGCCAUUUCAUCUCCAACAAGAACCAGCUCAGGCUCUAGUAGUCGAGGGAAAUCGUCUGAUGGCUUGGUGAACCUGGAUAGCGUAUUACAGGCGGGAAACACUCAACACUAUCGUGGUACUAUCUCGGUCUCAAUUCGAAUAAAGCCAUCGGAAAGCAAUGCCAAAAAUCCGUGGUCAAUUGGUGAUGAUGACACCAUAGCUCACAAUGACCUAGGUAAAUUUAGAUUCGAUAAUAUUUUUCAUCCAAGCAGUAAUAAUGAUCAGGUUUAUGAGGAGAUUGGGAAACCAUUGAUCGACAAACUAUUCCAAGGGUAUAAUGCAAUCGUGUUUGCCUAUGGUAUGACAGGAUCGGGGAAGACCUAUACCAUGAGCGGGACACCAGAUGAAGCUGGACUCAUAUUGCUUUCGGUGGAGCAGAUCUUUGCACAAAUUAUCGAGGCAAGUCGCGAGAACCAAUCGUUUGCCGUUAAAGUAUCGUAUCUGGAAAUCUACAAUGAAAAGAUCUAUGACUUGUUAAAUUACCAGGAUUUCAAACCACCGACUUCGAAUUAUGGAUCCUUCAAUUCAAAAGUAUCACAGGCUACCGGGGCCGAACUACAAAUUAGAGAUGACUCCAAACAUGGCGUGCGAGUUGUUGGACUUACAGAACAAGAGGCGAAUUCUACUGAAGAUGUAAUGAAAUGGAUAUCUAUGGGAAACCGUAAUCGCAGAACUGGGGAGACAGAUUACAAUACCAGAAGUUCACGGUCACACGCUAUUGUUUCUAUUACUUUAACCUGUACGAAUUUGAUUAGCGGGUCUGAGUCAAGCAGUACUUUAUCUCUGUGUGACUUGGCUGGAUCCGAAAGAGCUGCUGGUCAGCACGAGAGACGGAAAGAAGGCGCUUUCAUCAAUAAGUCGCUACUUGCUCUUGGUACAGUAAUAUCAAAGUUAAGUGCUGGCAGCACUCAUACAAGUUCAAAUUUUGGGAAUAGUCAUAUUCCUUAUCGAGACUCUAAACUAACGCGAAUUUUACAACCAGCUUUGUCAGGGGAAAGCAUAGUUACUACUAUUUGCACCAUAGAUACCAGGUUAGAUGCAAUGUCAGAAACCGUUAACACUAUCCGAUUCGCAUCUCGGGCAAAAAAUGUGUCGAUGACUGUCAAGAGGAAUGAGACUGAAACGAAUCAUGAUAGAGAAGGCCUAGUCAACAAUCUGAAACGUCAAAUAGAUGAGCAGCAGGAACUUAUAUGGGAACUAAAAAGAUCACAAUCCGUAAGCAAUCAUGAAAGUAUCAAGGUCGUCAACCCCACGUUGCAAUCGCUGCGACACGAAAACGACGCUUUGAAAGACAAGUUGCAGCAUUGCGAAAGAUUGCUGGACAAAGACGAUGCAGCUGUACACGACGAACAGUUUGUGGAAAUUGUGGAAAUGCUACCAACUGCCAUCGGCGCAAUGCUAGAGAGUAAGAUUCAGGGUCUAGAGUCGCAAUUGCGGGAGCAUAGCAGAUACAGUGCCCAAUUGGAGCAACGACUGCAACUAUUCGAAGGACAUAUAGUGCCAUGCGAAAAAUCUUCUCGGGAUGAAGACCUGCAGCAGCUCUUGAAAGAGCAAGAGGAAGAAAUCAUAGAGUUACGGAAGGGCCUGACCCGGAAAAACAAGAUGUUGGAUGCUCUACAAAGUGCGAAAAGACUGCGGGAAGGUGCUCUGAGGCCUCUUAACAAUCGUGAAAAUCGAGUGUUUGAAGCAGUAGGGAUUGCGAAGACUUUGGAAAAUUGA